UGCGGCGGAGGGGCCGCAGAGGCGCCGAGGGUUGGCGGCGCAGGCGGGGCAGUCCGGGGGAGUUGGGGCAGCAGGGCAGCGGCCAUGGGGGGCUUGAAGGACGAGCUGCUCAAGGCCAUCUGGCAUGCCUUCACCGCGCUGGACCUGGACCACAGCGGCAAAGUCUCCAAAUCCCAACUCAAGGUCCUCUCCCAUAACCUAUGUACAGUUCUGAACGUUCCACAUGACCCUGUUGCCCUUGAGGAGCACUUCAGGGAUGAUGAUGAAGGACCUGUCUCCAACCAGGGCUACAUGCCAUAUUUAAACAAGUUCAUUUUGGAAAAGGUCCAAGAUAACUUUGACAAGAUUGAAUUCAAUAGGAUGUGUUGGACCCUCUGUGUAAAAAAAAACCUCACAAAGAGUCCCUUGCUCAUUAACGAAGAAGAUGCAUUUAAAGUAUGGGUUAUUUUCAACUUUUUAUCUGAAGACAAGUAUCCAUUAAUUAUUGUUCCAGAGGAGAUUGAAUACCUGCUUAAGAAACUUACAGAAGCUAUGGGAGGAGGCUGGCAACAAGAACAAUUUGAACAUUAUAAAAUCAACUUUGAUGACAAUAAAGAUGGCCUUUCUGCGUGGGAACUUAUUGAGCUUAUUGGAAAUGGACAGUUUAGUAAAGGCAUGGAUCGACAGACAAUAUCUAUGGCAAUUAAUGAAGUGUUUAAUGAGCUUAUAUUAGAUGUGUUAAAACAGGGUUACAUGAUGAAAAAAGGCCAUAGACGGAAAAACUGGACUGAACGUUGGUUUGUACUAAAACCCAACAUAAUUUCUUAUUAUGUGAGUGAGGAUCUGAAAGAUAAAAAAGGAGACAUUCUCUUGGAUGAAAACUGCUGUGUAGAGUCUCUGCCUGACAAAGAUGGAAAGAAAUGCCUCUUUCUAAUAAAAUGUUUUGAUAAGACCUUUGAAAUCAGUGCUUCAGAUAAGAAAAAGAAACAAGAGUGGAUUCAGGCCAUUCAUUCUACUAUCCACCUGUUGAAGCUGGGCAGUCCUCCACCACAUAAAGAAGCCCGCCAGCGUCGAAAAGAACUCCGAAAGAAGCUACUGGCUGAGCAGGAGGAGCUGGAGCGGCAGAUGAAGGAGCUCCAGGCCGCCAAUGAAAGCAAGCAGCAGGAACUGGAGACUGUGAGGAAGAAACUGGAGGAAGCAGCAUCUCGUGCAGCAGAAGAGGAAAAGAAACGCCUGCAAACUCAAGUGGAGCUACAGACCAGGUUCAGCACAGAGCUGGAGCGUGAGAAGCUGAUCAGACAGCAGAUGGAAGAACAGGUUGCCCAAAAGUCCUCUGAACUGGAACAGUAUCUACAGCGAGUACGGGAACUGGAAGACAUGUACCUAAAGCUGCAGGAGGCUCUUGAGGAUGAGAGGCAGGCCCGGCAAGAUGAAGAGAUGGUGCGGAAACUUCAGGCCAGGUUGUUGGAAGAAGAGUCUUCUAAGAGGGCAGAGCUGGAAAAGUGGCACUUGGCACAGCAGCAGGCCAUUCAGACAACUGAGGCAGAGAAGCAGGAGUUGGAGCACCAGCGUGUCAUGAAGGAGCAGGCCCUGCAGGAGGCCAUGGCACAGCUGGAACAGCUUGAGCUUGAGCGGAAGCAGGCUUUGGAGCAGUAUGAGGGAGUUAAAAAGAAGCUAGAGAUGGCAACUAAUAAGACCAAGAGCUGGAAGGACAAAGUGGCUCAUCAUGAAGGAUUAAUUCGAUUGAUAGAACCAGGUUCAAAGAACCCUCACCUGAUCACUAAUUGGGGACCUGCUGCUUUCACCCAGGCAGAACUGGAGGAGAGAGAGAAGAACUGGAAAGAAAAAAAGACCACCGAGUGACUACUCAUGGCAGAAGUCCCCUCAGUUAUGCACACACUGAGUAUGGCUGGAGAGCUUUAUGCUAAAGGCAAAAGAAACUGGCUUUGCUGCUUCUAACUCUUUUCUUGGUGCCUCUAAUGGGGUCAGUAUGCUAAGGAGGCCUUCCUGCAAAUACGAGCUUCUCUGAAAAGGACAAAAAAGUCAAUGUUGUCAAGUUCUUUAUUUACUUUCUUUGAAAACUUCAGCUUCUGAAAAGUACAUUUGGCUCAGAUUCUUUUCUGCGUGAGGCAGAGCACAGAUGCACGGUCAGCUCUGUCAUCUGCAGGGUCUGAGAGCAGCGGGGUCUGGAUGCUCAGUAUCACCGAGUAGUCAGAACCUCUUUGGACUGGGUGCCAGCUGUUUCUUUUGGCAGCAUGUUUCCUUUGAGUGGUUUUUUUUUUGUUUGUUUUGUUUUUUUAAUGAGAUUGGCCUGUCUUCUUGGCAUCCAUGCCCGUCGACCUGGCAGACCUUUGACCACAGGUGCUCUGAUGAAGGGGUCAUGGAGUCACUGCCAUCCUUCUGGCAUUCCUGGUCAUCCUUCUGGACGGAUCUGGCAAUUGAGGUUUCUGAGCUUCUACUGAGAGAGUUCUUUCCCGAAGCAUCAUACAUUUGGCAUGUAUCAUUCCCAUUGCCUUCCCCUCACCUCAAAGAAAAACAUCCUCUUGGCUCAAACUCUCAACCUGAUUCUAUCUUGGGUGUUCUCUCUCCCCUUCUCUCUAACAAAUGAUGUGUUACUAGGACACACCAUGGGGUGAGAGGAUUAUGUUGAGUGUAGAAAGGAGCCAUUUUAAAAUAAAAAUUAUUUGGUUGAUUUAUAAAGCUAAGUUGCCCAUAUGUGUGUAGUUAGAUUUAAAAUGUCAUAAAGGGGAAAAAUGUCAUGAAGAUGGUAGCAUGUCAUUAUAGUAGCCCAGUCAUAGCUCUCAUUGGGUGGGCAGCUUUUCUGCCUUUUCUCUUCCUGUGUGUGACAGGGAAGAAAUAUCUAGUUAAAAUAAGUGAAGCAGGAAAAUUGGGGUCAUAAUUUCUAUACAUCUGAUUUGAAAAUAAAAUUGAGGAAGUUUCUCAUGUGUAAUUUGUCUUUGGAUUGAGAAUCAUAUUUGUGAAAUCAAACCUUCCAAAACUAAUUAUACUCUAAAAGCAUUGUAACUCCAUGGACAGCCAUGAUGCUUAAAAUCAAAAAGCAGUAUGAGGGUAGCAGGGUGUGGUGGUGUAUACCUGUGACCCUAGCACCCCAGUAACUCAGGAGGCUGAGGCAGGAGGAUCACCAGUUUGAGGCUAGCCUGUCUCAAAAUAAAAAAAUAAAAAGAACUGACAAUGCAACUCGGGGGUAGAAUGCCUCUGGUUUUAGUCCCCAGUACUGAAAAAAGAAGGAAAAGAAGAAGAAAAAAAAGAACAAACAUGGGGGUAAUUUAGUUGUUACACAAAGGCAGAAUUCAAGUCCCAACAAGCAUUAAAUAGGACAGAACUCAGGCAUUCUUUAAGUGCUUGCAUAACAGUGGUGAGGAAGCAAUUCCAAAAGGAUGUGUACAUCUAGAGUGGAUGGUCUUAGAAAUUUCAGUGUAUAUAUUUGCUUACAUGAGAGGGAACUGGAAUAUAAUUCCAUAUAUCUUUUAUGACUGGAAAAUAUUUGCCAAUGAAAUGCUCUUUAGAAAUUUGUCCUUAAGGGCUGUUUGAGAAAAAAAAUGUAACUUUAUUUAAUGAUCUCUUAUCGUUGUCUUUAUAAAAUUUAGAUUUUUAUCUAAAAUAUCUUUGUAUCAUGUGCUUUCCAAAUUUAAUAGCUAUUUUGGGUGUUGUUUUCUGCUGAGCCACUUAUAAGUACUGUUAUUUUAUUUAGUAACUGGCAGGUAUGUGAGACCAACUGGAAUGGAACCCUUCUUGUGGUUUGAUUUAUCACACCAGGGGACCCCAAUGACCCUCAUAAAGAAUGAAGAAAAGAUACCUUACAAAGAAGCCAAUGACCUACAUGACCUUUCUGGGGUAGAAACCAUGUGGACUUGCAGUCCAGUAACCUAAGCCUAGGGUGGGGUGCAAUGUAUGAAUUUCUGCUUUUGGGAAAUGGUGAGAUAGACCAUCUACCCUUGCAGAGUGUCCCUCCUUAAAACGUGGCUUGUUGCAUAACUGCAACUGAAAACAUGACUUGGGGCUUAGCUGCUCCGGCUGUGUCCUCCCAUGGACCUUACUUUGUGGCCUGGGCCAUCAACCUGAAGACUGCCUGCUUUCUGGUCACAAUGUGGGCCUUGCCUUGACUAAGCAGUCACUCCUGUGUUGGUGCAGAAAGAAGGUUUCUAUUUAUUUCAGUGUUGCUGAUUGACAUCCCAGCCUCCACGGCACUAUAUCCAGAAGGCAGGAGCCCCUUUAAACAUUGUAUAGAAAAGGCAGCACAGAAAUGAACUCCGUCAGUCCAAUUUGGGGGUGAUAUUUUUAUAUUAAUCAAAUUCCUCCUAAUACUUAAAAUGGUUUUACUUUUGUAAUUACUGUACAGAAAAUUUCAGGAGUGCUUGAAUGCUUGUCAUAAUCAGGCCUUUUCCUUAAUAAGUAGAGACAUGAUCAUUUCCAGGAAUUUUACAUGAAAAAAUUUUAAAAACAUGUUUUAUGAUUUGCAGUAUGGACAGGGAACAAAAUUUAAUUUUCAAACAUUCGUGUCUAAACAUUGUACAAUGUAACAUGCUCAACUUUCUUAAUUUUUUGCUAAUUUUUCUAAGAUAUAUUAAAGGUGUUUUAUAUUUUUUUUGUAGUAAAAUGGACCCAGUAAAAAAAAUUAAAAUGUCAGAACAUCAUACAUUUUGAACUGUCUGGUUUAAUAAAACAGUGGGGUACA